CAUGAGCGCUGUGAUUAAUACAAGUUGUGUUGUAAAGAGCCUCGGACCUUUAUAUACGAGCGUGGGCAAGAUAAAACGCGGUGCCAGGAGGAUACCGCUUGAUGGCCAGAGCUUCACAAUCAUGGGCUCAGAUGAAUUAAUACAUCAUGCAAAAAGCGAUCCAAGUCUUUCAAGUGCUCUGUUCGAUUACGGGUGGGAUUAUGGCCUGCAGCGCUCUCAACGGUGGUGAGUGCUGACUUCUAUCAGUGUUAUGGUCUGCGAUGCCACCGAACCCGAGUACUUCCUACAUCGGGCUAUCAAACAAUCGAUCCCUCACGUAAAUUUAAGCGAUCGUCAUGAAGUUCAUAUAUUCAGAGACUCGAUAAUCGAAGCCCUCUGGAAAUCAAAAAAGGUGGCCGAAACCUGGACACUUGGAUCCAUUGAACAGGCAUUCGUGACUGUGCCGCAAUAUUUCACCAGGGAAGAACGCGAUGUCAUCACGGAGGCUGGGGUUUCCAUUGGAAUAGAAGUCCUUCGCAUCGUGAACGCGCCUACUGCCGCUGCUAUUGGGCUCGGCAUAGACAAGCUGGACGACGAAUUCCACUUCAUUGUUUAUGACCUAGGGCGAGAAACCUUCGAGGUAUCCUUGUUCGAGGUUGAUGCAGGUGUGUUUGAAUGUCUGGCUAGUAUCAGUGAUCACCAGCUUGGCAAAGAAGUGGGCGAAUUGAUGCAUCAAAAGCAGCUGAGGGGGAGCUGGGUAUUCGACGCAACUGAGAUGGAGACACUCGAGAAGACACUACCCUUUCUGGGUCAGGCUAUCGAAAGCGCGAAUUUUUCUAUCAAUGACAUCUCAAAAGUCCUCAUCGUGGGUGGCUACACAGGACCGGCACAGUUGAGAUCUAUGGUAAAGAACUUUUUCGGUACCGCAACCUCUACGAUCUUCGACUAUCCAGGAAGUCUUCGGUUGAUACCAGGCACGUGGGAUUAUGACCAAGUUGUUACGUUUGGCACUGCUGUCUUUGCUGAGAAUGUCUGUGGAUGCGGAAGAUACGACCUAGUCGGCACACUUGAGGCGAACCCACGAUCUGUCCUUCUCGAGAUCAUUGGAGGCGAGGCGCAACGGGUGUUCCAGCGGUACACGAUACUCCCAAGUACUCGCGCCAUGACCUUCACCACCACAAUGGACGGACAGACGAGGGUCGUCAUACCAGUCUUCCAGGGCGAGUUGCCAGAUGCGAGAAAAACCGACGAAGUACUCGUUCUCAGGUUGGAUUGCAUCCCGCCUGGGCCUCGCGGAACUCACACUAUCCAAGUCGUUUUUGAGGCAGGCGUUGACACGGCGGACGAUGCGUACAGGUUCUUGCUCAAGGCUUCGGUGCAUCUCGUGGGUGCAAGGGAGCAGUGUUCGUAUAGUGCUUCCGGGGUUCUCCAUGACUUUGACGCAAUUGACGCCCUCAGCGGCGAAGAAAUUGAGCUUGAAGCAGCGUACGUUUAUGGAGGAGGAAGAGUCGAUCUAGGGUCGCCUGGUGUUUGCAUCAACCCUCAAAGCGACAUUGACCAUUAUCACGUGGCGGCAGCUGGAUAGCUCUCAGUCAAAGACAACUAGGACUAGCCAGUUGACUAGUUCAAGUAUUAUUCACUAUCCCGCUGAUUUGACCUUGAGAACAUGCAAUCUAGCACCUUGUCAAAACCCCAAGGGGAGCAUUCAUGGACAGCAUCAGCAUAUCAGUUCGCUAGCAGAA